CAAUUCCUAUGACACAUGCCUCUUCCUAUCCCAGAACAACUAUGGCAAGUGGUUAGCCUGGAUUUCAUCACCGGGUUACCAACUACCACUAGCGAUCAUGACGCAAUCCUCGUUGUCAUCGACAAACUCUCCAAAAUGGGACACUUCAUCCCGACACACACGACAGCACGCACCGAAGAAGCAGCACAACUAUUCGUUCGGUACAUCAUCUCUCAGCAUGGCAUUCCAACCACACUCAUCUCCGACCAAGGCCCCAAGUUCACCAGCAAGUCCGGGAAGGAAAUGAUGUCUCUGCUCGGGACCAAACUCUCCAUGUCAUCCGCCUACCAUCCGCAGACAGAUGGACAGACCGAGCGCCUCAACCAAAUUGUAGAGCAACUUUUCCGCGCAGCAUGCAAGGACGAAAUCUCUCAAUGGGACUUGCAUAUGCCCGUCCUGGAGUUUGCCUAUAACAAUGCCACUCACACCGCUAUUGGACAGGCACCGUUCUUCCUUAGCUACGGACGCCACCUGCUCACGCCACAAAAACCGACAGCAUCAGCUACAUGAACUUCGUCUGGUGCACUACAUC